AUGCUCGCAAUUUCAAUGAAGAGCCAGCAUCCUCAUCUACACAACACAGACCCAAGUUCUUCGGAUAGCACCUCACUAUCCCCUCCUAAUACCUCCUCUACCGCUGUCGCACAAACGGUCAAACCCCCUCAGAGCUCCACAACCUCCAGCACCAUGCUGGCUGUCGCUACCCCUUCACUACCUCCAGUUCCUAUCCUCCAGGGCAACACCGCGGCCAAACGCCCCAAAUUAUCGCUUCAGACAUCUUGUCUACCUGUUGCAUUUGGAAACUCCACGACCGCCUUGUCGCUGAAUCACUCUGCCAACUGCUCCCCGUCUCCCACCGUCCGGAACACGUUCAGAAAUGCGUAUGAUGCAUAUCGACGCACAUCCUCGCCAGCCCCCACAAACAGAAAUGAAUUUUCCUCAAGGGAGCCAAAGUCAUCCAAACAGGAGAUAUCCGCCGCGCAUCAGCCCCGCCAUAGCCACGAUGAGCUCCCGUAUCAGCUGCCGCUAGGGAUCCGUGGCAUUCUGCGCAACUCGCCCCACGUCGCGUCAACACUAAGACGAGCGUCCCUCUCAGCGCCCGCAGCAAACGGCUCCGGAAAUGGACGGCGGGCGUUAUUCCCGGCCCAGAAGCGAGUCAACUACCGAUAUCCCCUCGACGAAGAAAUCAAAACCGUGCAUUUCGUCGCCAGGCACUCUGACCUCACAUCGUCCGACUCCUCAACCUAUUCAUCCUCCUCCGGAGAAGAAGAGCUCAAAUCCGACAACUCCGACUCUUCCAGCAGCGCCUCUGACGAAGACGCCGCUGCAAGCAAGGAGGUGCGCACCUCGCCUGGAAAACGGAAGAAGCACGCUAGACAAAUCCGCGCCGCUGGGCUUCGUGACCGCGCCCCGCGCGCAGACGAUGACCCCGAGACUCCACAGACGCCCGUUCGGCGGCGCAGAAAACGGCAGCGCCAGUGGCGAUGGACGUUGGGCCCGAUCAAGGAUGGUCACGUGGAUCUUGCCCCGGGCGGGUUCGCUGCGCCGGAGAAAAAGGAGGCGCACGCAUCGCUGGGGAUUGACGGCGAGAAGUGCCCGUUUGGCAGUCCGUUGACGGUGGCUAUCCAGUCGAGGCCUAGGGCGAGCCCCGUGUCUGCGACGAGCGAAUGA